CUCGGCGAAGAGAGUAAUAGCUGAAUACUAGUGUGUCAGCAGAAACCAGCGAUAGAAGAUGAAAGAAAACGUGUAAUUAAUUUACCAAAUGUGAAUAGAAGAAACCUUCUCUUCGUCAUCAUUUUAACAUGGGACCUUUAAGUGGCCUCAGAGUCUUAGAUAUAAGCAGGGUUUUGGCAGGACCUUAUUGUGCAAUGAUUCUAGGAGAUUUAGGAGCAGAGAUAAUCAAACUUGAGAUACCGGGAAAAGGUGAUGAUACAAGAUCGUUCGGACCACCGUUUUGUGGAACAGAAACAGCCUAUUUUUUCUCAGUUAACAGAAACAAAAAGAGUAUAGCAGUCGAUAUGAAGCAGAAGGAGGGGGCAACUAUAGUAAAAGAGUUGGCGAAACAAAGCGAUGUUUUAAUAGAAAAUUACAUUCCUGGAAAAUUAUCAAAGAUGGGUUUAGGAUAUAGUCAAAUUAAAGAAAUAGCACCCAAACUAAUAUACUGUUCAAUAUCAGGUUAUGGACAGACGGGGCCUUACGCUCAGCGGGCAGGAUAUGAUGUCAUAGCAUCAGGUAUUGGAGGCCUAAUGCAUAUAACAGGACCACAGGACGGAGCACCGUGCAAAGUUGGUGUAGCUAUGACUGACCUGUCAACUGGAUUGUAUGCAUAUGGCUCCAUUUUGGCAGCUAUAAUGGAACGACAGAAAAGUGGGACAGGACAACAUAUAGACUGUAAUUUGCUGGCAACUCAGGUGGCGUCACUGGUCAAUAUUAGUUCAAACUAUUUAAAUGCUGGUAUGGAAGCAAAACGGUACGGUACAGCCCAUGAAAGCAUAGUUCCAUAUCAGUCAUUUAAGACAAGUGAUGGUUAUAUAAUAAUAGGAGGUGUAAAUAACAACCAAUUCCAAUCUGUUUGUAAGUUAAUAGAUUUGCCGGAGUUGUGUACUGACCCAAGAUAUAUUGACAAUAAACUUAGAGUAACUAAUCGGAAAAGCUUACUCCAUACACUGUCAGAAAGGUUUUUACAAAAGUCUACUGACGAAUGGCUAAAUAUAUUUGAAGAUUCUGGUAUUCCGUAUGGUCCUAUCAAUACUAUACAACAAGUGUUUUCAGAUCCUCAGGUGCUUCACAAUAACCUAAUACAAGAAAUGGACCAUCCUACAGCAGGUCGAAUCAGACUUCCAGCACCAGCAGUUAAGUUUAGUGAAAGUAAACUAGUCAACCCACCUGAGCCCCCACCAACAUUAGGUCAGCAUACUCACCAAGUUUUAACACAACUCUUAAAUAUGGAUAAAGAUGAAAUAAAACACCUUAUAAAAAAGGGCGUAAUACAAUAAUA